GACAUUCAAACAUUCAAUUUUUGAUAUCCAUGUCUUAUCUGCAUUUAAACUUUAAAUGCCAAUUUUGACAGUAUUUAUUAUUUUCGACAAAGCCUUUCUUUAUAAAAUUACACGUGAACCUUAUUUGGGGCAGACCAAGUAUUUGUAUAUUGCAAAAAUAUUAAAUACUUAAAAACAGGUAACCCUUAGGAAUACCAAAAAAUUCUAAAUUGGACGUUCGGAAUGUCAUAUCGAAAUUUUGCUAUCUAAUAAACUAACAAUAUGGAAUUAGUCGAUAAUAAUGAAGCUUCAGAUUCAAAAGUAUCGAUUUUUAGUUCUCCUACAUCUUCGGACUGUGGAGAUGGAGACUUUGAAACAGAUGUCACAAGCGAUACGAUGGGUCUUCGCUCUCCCAGUGGACCAAUGCGGGGCAGGUCUGUCAAGGAGUUUGAAGAACAACUUAACAACCUUAAAAAGGAAAACUUUCAUCUUAAGCUUAGGAUAUAUUUUUUAGAAGAAAAAAUGGGAUCAAAUUUUACAUUAGAUAAGGACAAUGUUGUUAAGAAAUAUAUAGAAUUACAAGUGGAUUAUGCUAAUUUAAAAAAAGAAAUUGAAGAAAAACAAGACCUUCUUUGCCAGGCUGUGAAAGCAAUAGAACUGGAGGACGAAGAGCACAAAAAAUACGUAGCCGACAAAGAAGACCAAAUAGCCAUGUUUCAACAAGAGAUAGAAGAUCUUAGGACUCAAUUGCAGGAUAUAAGAUAUGACUCAGAAGGAGCUUCCCUGAGGUCAGAUACUACUGGAAUAUUUAGCAAUAAAGCUUCAAGUAAUACAACGAACGAACUCCAACAGAGAAUUAAAAAUCUGGAACAAGAGCUCCAACUGGAAAAAGAAAACAACGCAUCAUUGCAAUUUGUGAUCUGUCAAGCGGAAACCUUAGAAGGUCGUUGUCAAAACAUGCAAAAAGAACUCCAGACUAAAGAGGAAAUCAUAAAAACUCUGCAAAUUGAAAAUGAAUCUCUAAAUACUAGAAUUUCAACAACCGCUAUUCAAAUGAAGGAUAUACAAAAUAAAUUGGAGACAAGUUAUAAAGAGAACCAAGCAUUAUCUAAAAAGAUUACAACAGAGGCCAAGAAAUUCGAUGACCUGGUAUCCCAGUACUCGGAACUUAAAAAUAAAUAUUCUGGUACCAAAGCGGAACUAGAGAGAGAACAUAAACAAUCUGAAAGGUUGAAAUCGGCAAACGAUAGAAAAAUGUUUCAAUUAGAGGAAGAAAAUGAUAUAUUCAAGUCGAAAAUUCGAGAAUUGCAAUCAAAGUUGGACGCGGCGUUAACAGAAAUAAAGAAAAACCAAAAUAUAGCGGACCCAACAACACCUUCAGGAGCUACGGAAAAGAACACAAAACAUUUACAAAUAACUCCUUCCGAAACCCAAAAGUCUUCCUCUUCAUUGACGUCCUUGGGAUCACCAUCUGUAGGUACACCGGAAAAGUACAACAUUGAUUUUGAAGAUUUGCUUAGGAACUCUAAAAGCGAUAAAAUUAUCAGUAUAUUUACUUCUCUAAAAUACGAUUAUGACGCACAAAAGCAGAAAUUGUUAAAGCUUAAAGCGGAGCAGUUCAAAGCCUGCGAGAUAAUCAAAAAUAUGAUAGAUUCUAGAAAUAAAGCCAACGAAGAAAUAUCCCAAUACCAAGUACAAAUUAAGAAUUUAGAAAAAGAAUUAGAAUCCGUCGUGUCUAAGCCAACUAGUGACGGGGAUGUUCCGCCGAAACGAGUCACCAGGACAAAUGAGAAAUCAAUGGAGGAAUCGAAAUCUGAAGAUAUGGAGGUAGCUGAUCUUUACAAGGCUCUUACUUUCGAGCUAGAAGCUAAAAUUGAGAUUUUGGAGGCAACUUUAAAAGAAAAAGACAAUCACAUUCAAAAAAUCCGCGAACAGUAUGACGAACUACUUAUCAGCUUGGAAGAUAAAGAGAAUAGAAUAACAGAACUUGAAUUCGAACUUCUUGCCGCAAACCCUGACGCCAAAAUGGAUAGGUCGAGCCAAGAAAAAGGUGAUACAGCUUCAGAAAAACGUAGUAGCUUCUACAAACAAGAACUAGAAGAAAAGGAUAAGGAAAUAGAACGACUCAACGGAGAAUUGAAGAAAUGUUCGUGUUAUUUGCAAGAAAUUGUUAAUAAAGAAUUGUGGGAUAAGAAUAAAGAAAUAGAAAAGUUGCAUACCCGACAGGUUAACUCGCCAGAGGUAUUAAGAUUGAGAAAAGAUCUGACUGGAAAAGAACAACAACUUAAAGUUUUGAAGGAGAAAAUUUCGGAACUUGGUUUAGAUUUAAAUAUAAGCUGUGAUGCUGAGUUGAAAGACUUAGCUUCUUCUUCAAAAAUGCAACAUAUCAAAAGUCUUCAUGAAGAACUCAAGGCGUGUAAAGAUGAAAGAGACUACUUCAAAGAAAAACUUAAAGAACUGGAAGGAGCUAACUAUCCUGAGAUAAUAGAAAAAUUAAAGAGCCAUACAGUUUCGCUUAAAUCUGACUUGGAGAAAUCAGAAAAACUGAAACGUGAAUCCAACAAGAUUUGUGCAUUACUGAACUGUCGACUCGAAGAACUAACGGUAUUUUUAGAUUCCCUUUUGAAACAAAAGUCCAUUUUGGGUUACAUAGGAAUGCAGAAAGAAAGAAAGUUAAGAGAGAUCAUUAACAGCAGUCUUGAUCUUUCAAAAUCAUUCAACAUGAGUUUGGGUAUUAACCCAGAUCAAAGUCUAGCUCAACUUUCAAACAUAACAUCAAUUUUAAAUGGAUCCGUUUUUAAAGAAUUAUCUCUGUGUGAACCACAAGAACAAGAGGAAAGCACAGAAAUGUUGAGUAUAAUUCCAGGCAACAUAACACUAACGUACCAAAGCCAUUUAUACAAGCAAAGCAAAAAGCCUGAGCCUAACAGUGAAGAAGUGAUUUCCGCAUUAAGGGAACAAAUCAUUAAUUUAAAAUCGGAGCUACAACUUAGAGAUAACGAGUUGAAUAGAUUAAAUGCCGGUAGUAAAAUAUCCGACACUGAUGAAGACCAAAGAAAUAAAGAUUUGAGUGGAUAUGUAAGAGAACUAUCGAAAUAUGUUACUCCAACCAAAAGUAAUACCACAUCGACGACGUUGAAAUACCAAAGUGAAUGCCAUUCGGAAUCAGAAGGGUGGUCAGAGCCUGACAGGACAGUUUCCAGGGCCCGAAUGGGUUUAAAUCAGUCGCUUCCAAAUACUAGUUUUACCAAAGUGACACGUCUGAGUGAAAGUACUGAAGAUGAUUCUGCAUGCAGUGUUAGUCCAAAGUUAAAGCUGUAUUAUGAAAAACAACAGGUUGCCGAACUUCAGCAGCAAGUAAGUGAGCUUCGGGUUGAAUGUGAGCAGCGUUCAGAACAAUUAAAACAAAUGGUAGCUGGAGAAUUAUACGAACAAGUAAAGAGCAGUUUAGAAGAAAGUGAAAGAAAGAUACUGCAAAUCGAAUCUCUCAAAAAGGAAUUGGAAAACCAAGUAACUGAUCUCAAAGAACAAGUAGAAGAACUAAACAAGUCCAAGGAAGAACUGAAGGAAAAUUUAGUUGUUAAAAAUAAGGAAGUACAAAACUUGAUGAACCUUCUUGAAGUUGAAACAUUAGAGAAGCUUCGUAUGGCUGAUAACUUAGAAAAGAUUAUAGAAAAAACCCGAGAAGACGUUGAAGCAAAACAAAAAGAAUGUGAAGAACUGAGAAUAGUGCUAAAGAAAGAAAUGGAAGAGUUUGUGAAAAAGGUAGAAACAGAACAGGCUAAGUCACUUAGUGAGGUUGAACACAAGGCAGCUGAAAAAAUAAAUAAAAUUGAGAAUGAGUGCUCUCAAAUAUUCCUCCAAAAAAUUAAAGAAGUUCAAGAUAAUUAUUCCAGAAAUUAUAUCAGAAGAUCAGACGCCGAAGAAAAAUUAGCCGAAGUGAACAGGUUAAUACACGAAUUAGACAGCCUUAAUGAUGUUGUUACAGGCUAUGAAUCCACCAUACAAUCGUACAAAACAAAAGAGCAAGAGUUUAAUAACAAGGUCUCGGAAAGCCAAGAAAAAGUUAUUGGUUUGAGGAAAGAACUAGAUUCAACUACUUUGCAAUAUUCCGAAGCCGUUAUGGAGAAAACCAAGUUAGCCAAUGAAAAAACAUGGUUAGAGCAAGAACUCAGCAGAUACAGUGCAAGAGACAUGGAACUCAAAAAACAAUUGGCAGAAAUUCGGUCGGAGUUCGAGAGUGUAUCGCAAAAUUACCAAGCUCAAAUUUCUACAUUACAAAAACAAAAAUCAGAGCUACAAGUGAAAAUAAGCGUUUUGGAAUCAAACAACGCGGAAUUACACAACCGCUUUGUACGAACCAACCGUGUUGAACUUUCAGCGACAAUGCCCAAUUUAAGUACUGUCGGUGGGAGAUAUCAACAAAGUGGCGGAUUUCAGAGACAAUUCUCUCAUCCCAGUUAUAGUUCGGAGGAUAAUAUAGAAGAAUGUAUAGGAUACAAUUUGAACAAUUCUGUAGCGAGAAAUAGACAACCGGGAGAAAUGGAUAGACAAGAAGCCAGUGCAUCUCCUGAUUUAGGAAUCGAAAGUGACCAAGGAAGGUUCUCUAGUUUAGAAAUACACCAAAAUAGUAUCAGUAGACCAUUGUUACAGACCAUAGAGCUCACAGAAUCUAUGAACAAUUUGCUGGACGGAGACAAUAAUCCGAUUGAAAAAUCUAAUUGCGAAGACCGCCAGCAUUGCUGCCAACGUACUAUCGAAAUAGCCAACGAGAACAACGAUCUGAAACGUAAACUGUUUCGAAUGAAAAAAGCACUCGAAGAAACGGCCAAUCAACUUCAUUUAGCCAAUCAACGCAAGCGACAAGUGGAAAAAACAAUUUGUAGUCAGAUCCAUAAAACAAGUCAAGUGUUGCGACAGGCAAAGGCUAAUCUCGAUUCCGGUUCGGAAAGUGAUCUUUUAAGGAUGUGAAAAGUACUUUAUAUCAGUGGUUACGUUUAUGCCACAAAAAUGUUAACGUAAAGUUAUUAGUGAAAUGUAUGUAUCUUUUGUUUGAAAAACAUGCUGCCUUUCUAAGAAAAGUUUUAUAUUCCAUGUCAUUUGUCUAUUAAACAAUGUUAUCGCAAGCUGAAUUAUCGAUGGCUACACGUCUGAGUUUAGUGAGAUACUCUUAAAAGAGAAGUUGAAACUUUUAUCAGGUGGUCCCAAAUCUGAAUAUUGAAGCAUGCAAUUUCUUUUUGACACUGUUUUGUGAUGUUAAUUUAUUCUAUUUCAGUGUCGUGUGGUUAUCUGAAAUAAUCAACUCUAUCAAAUAACUAAAUGUUAUUUAUUUUCAAUGCUUAAGAGGCUUAAGAGGUCUGUGGCUAAAAUACAAAUACAUCAUUACAUAUUUCAAAAAUAUACACAUUGUUCAUUUAGGUAACUUCUAGUCUAAUCAUGUUUCUUGUCUACCAAAUUGAUUACUAUUCUCCUCCACUUAUCUCUGUUGAUGAUAUCAAACCAUCUUUUUGUCUUGUACGUCCCUUCUUUUCGUGAUUAGAAACUAUUAUAGAAUCAUAUUUAGCAUCAUGUCAUCCAUUCUUAUCACAUAUACGAUCGAUUUCACUCUUUGUGAGCUUAUGAAGUGUCUGAUGUUAGGUUCAUUAAACAGUACUUCUACCUCCUUAUUUGUUCGUUGUAUCAAAUCUUCCACCGUAUUUUUGCCUCAGUAUAUAGCUUCGGGCAUUUUUCUUUCCCAUAUUUGAAAUUUCUUCGCAUAUGAUUGUUCCUACUUCACGACCAUAAUAUGUCACUGUGAGUCUUAUUACCGUCUUAUAAAUUCUUAUCCUUGUUUUUCUCGAUACUAUUUGGAUUUCAACAGUGAUAUUAAUUUUUUUUUGUUUUCCUGUGCCAAUCUGGUUUUUAGCUCAAAUUAUGUAAGUCCUUCUUCGUCUAUAAUAACUGACAGAUAACUUAAGUAGUUCACGAUGUCAAAUUUAUAUCCCCUUACUUCCUUAGCAUGUGAAAAUAGCAUUCCGAGUAUCACGACUUAUCCUUGUUUAUUUCUCAAUGUUUUAAAUAUUCGAAAUAUAAAUAUAAAAAAUCCUUGUUUUAAAAUAUACGAACCACGAAUGGAGUAUCUUUCGCUUGUAGUAGGUGUUCUCGAUUUCUUUUAGUGUAAAAAAUUGAUUCCUAACUGAUCUCUUAAAUCUAAAUUCUCCUACCUUUGCAUACUCGACAGUAUCUUAUAACAGGUAUCCAACAAAGCAAGUAUUAAUCAGCCAAUCGCGUCCACUGUUGGAUAUAGGCCUCCCUCAGUUCUUUUUAGUAUUCUCUACACUAGUCCACUUGUAGCCAUUUUGUGGGCCUCCAUUCAAUGAUUCGUUUUAUCCACCGUCCAUCUUGUAUUCUAAGUGCCCAGCCCAGUUCCACUUAAGCGUUGUGAUUCUUUCGAUGACGUCUUAAACUCAUAUUCUUUGCCCGAUUUGUUGGUUUAUUAUGUUUCGAAGUCUAGCAUUGCACGUUCCAUGGUUCGUUGUGUAAUUGUUAAAGUCUCUGCUCCAUAAGUUUAUACGGGCAAAACACAUUGGUUAUAAACCUUUCGCUUGAGACCCAUGGGAAUUGCGCUUUUUGAGUAUGGCUAUUAGUUUGCCAAAUGCUGCUCAUGUCACGCAUGUUCGCCUCUGUAUUUCAUGUGUUUGAUUGUCUCUGCCUAUUCUGAUCUCGUGUCCCAGGUAUUUGUAAGUGUUUGUGUGUUGCAUGGUAUUAUUUUCAAUAGUUAUAUUUCCGCUCAUUACGAGAUUUGUCAUAAGUUUAGUAACGACAAUAUAUUGAUAAUACAUCCCCCUUUUUUUAUAUAGGGAAGAACUUACUUACUCCAGUCUUUGGGCAUAUUUUCCUAUUCCCUUAUUCUCUUGAUAAGAGAAGCCUUUUUUGAAGCUCUUCACCUCUAUUUUUUAACAUUUCUGCCGCUAUUAUACCGUUAUUUUAUUUUUAGUCUCUUCUUUAUUAGGUACUUCCAAAAAUGUGUCAUCUUUUUCUAUAAAAUGAUUUUGUUUAUUGUCAGUAGUUUGUCUGUUCAAUAGUUCUCGAAAAUGUCUUUUCCAAAUACCCAUCACUGCUUCUUUUUUACUCGUUAGCCGUCUUCCGUCUACUUUUUUCAUGUAUGUAUUAAAAUUCUAAUAUCUUUUUCAAUAUCUUUAAUCUCUUGGUAAAAGUAAAGACUGUCUUUUUUUCUGGAAUCUUUUUCUAUUUAAUUUAUUCUCUUUUCUCCCAUAUACAUAUCAUAGCAUAUUAUUUUUUCUUCUUUGAUCCCUGUAAUGUUGGUUCAGGGUAUCAUUUUUGUUUAUUAGUGUCAAUUGUCUUAUUCUUCAUCUUUUUUUUAUUUUGAUUGUUUUGCAGAAUGAUGUUAUCAUUUGUUAUAGCUAUAACUUCUUUUGUCCUUCGCCAGAUUUAUUCUACGCCUUGGUUAUCUUCCUGAAAUAAUAGCUUUUUCUUUUAUAUAUUUUCUUUUUGUUUGUUUCAUUUCAUUUUUAUAGAUCAUAUCGUAAUUUUUUCUACGUUUGGCUUUCUCGUUUCUUUAUCCUCUUUUAACAACAUCGUUUAUGUUUCUUUUAUGCUACAACUAUUGUUUUCUUUAUUCUCUCAUACCGUGGGUUUUAAAAUGACUUUUGAUCCUUUUGUUUUUAAGAAUUUGUUUUCCUGAGCUGAGCUUAUUUUUUUCGUAUCUUACAUUUAUAAAUUAUUUGAGUACAUUUGAAUUUGUGUUAUAAUAAUUGUUUUCUAUCAUAUAUUUAUCAUUAAUUUCUAAAAUUCUGUUGUAUUCUUCGUUUCCGGAUAUUUUACUGUGACCACUUCCAACAUCUGCGAUAGCCUAUUUCGCCAGUUACAUUUCCCUGCGCUUAUUUUUUUACAUUGUUUUAUUUCUUAGAUGGAUUAUAGAUUUUGCACACUGUAUUUCCAUAAUGAUAUAUCGAGUUCACGGUUUAUACGUUGCCUAGAAUUAUUUCUUGCUGACGUUUAAUCUCCACUUGCAAUAGCCAUUACCAAAGGCGAUGCGACAGCCGUAACUGCCCCCCAUUAAUUGAGACAGUUGCAGCAUCGCUUUUGAUAAUGCUCACCACAGAAGAAACGUCAGUAAAAAAUAAUUCCAGUAAUUCUCUAUAAACCAUAGGUUUAUGAUAAGGCAUGACUACAAACCACUGGCCGUGAAAGCCUAUUUACAUACCACUGGCCGUGAAAGCCUAUUUACAUAGUUAUGGAGAAUUUGCUAUUCAUUAUUUUUUGUGAUUUUUGUUCUACACCUAGUUAUCAUCUACUCCCUACAUUGUUCUUCUACUUGGAAUAUUCUUCUUGUUUUGCCUUUUAAUAAAUAUAUUACUACUUGUGUAAAGUUUGUAAAUUAAACUUUUAUCUUUUGUAUGUAACAAUAAUCAUCAAUUAUUUUAUCUUUUGAUUUCUGAUUUGGACUUUAGUUUUAAAUAUUUGGUUCUAUCUCUUUAUGACCUAAAAUUCUACUUAAUUUUUUAUCUUUGGUACAUUGUUUGUAAUGUUUGUUCCUUUAUAAUAAAAAUCAAAGAAAGGCAUUAAAUGUUGCAGAAAGAAAUGAUGCAUAAAAUUAAUGGAUCUGUGGCAUAUUUCAACAUACAAUGAAAAUUCCUGCCAUUUAGGUACUUACAUAGUACCACCCUUUCCUUUUAAAUUAUAAGUAUUAAUAGUAGAAUUACUUGUAUUUUGUAUUAUAUACAUAUUUUUAAAUAUACCUACGUUUACAAUGUGAGAUGUGAUAGUUCCUGAAUUUUUGUGCCAAUGUUUGUUCGUUAUUUGGACGUAGUCUGUUAAGGUUACUUAAUGUAAAAAGUAGAAGUUAAAUCAUUAGUUGUUAAUGAAAUCAACAGUAUUUUGUUAUAUAUGUAUAUAUUUUUAAACACUGUGUAUAUAUUGCAACUAUUGAAUAAAUCCUUUUUGAUUUUUGUAAU